AUGGAUCGGUCCAAUCUUAUCAGUCGAGCUGAAGAAAUCAGUGAGGCUGCUCGGUUUCUAGCAGAUAAACUCGCGAAACACAAUCAACCAGAGCCGACCUUUGAACAUGGGUUACCGCCUGCUCUUAGAAGUGAUUUGGAGGAAGCGGAUACUGCUGCGAUGUCUAUGUGUCUGAAGUUGACCUGCUUGUUGGAUGAAUUUCGCGACCUUCUCACCGAACCUAGCAAGCAUCUCAGUCCAGAGACUCGAAAUCCAUCUUUGAGUAUUUUCCCAAUCGUCCGACUGAAGAUUCAUGACCAUGUACCAGAGGAGGGAAUUUCUGUGCCCGAUUUGGCGAAAAAGAUCAAGAUGGACGAGAAUAUUGUCCGUCGACUUAUGUCGCAUGCCGCCACUUACCAUGUCUUCUUCCAGUCCAGGCCUGACUACUUUAUACAUACUGCGAGCUCACAGUUGCUUGCGGAAAAUGAGGGGAUGCAGAAUUGGUGCUUGUUCGGGCUGGGAGAGACGAUGCCAGCUGCUUUUCGAAUCCCUGAACUUUUACUAGAAAAUGGAUAUUCAGAAGAGCCGAAAGAUAGUGCUUGGAGUUUUAAUAAUUCAACAGAUCUACCGGUAUUUUCAGCUGUGGCCAACACGCCAGAGCGAGCAGCCAUAUUCUCCAAAGCGAUGGCAUGGCAUAACCGUUUACCUGGCUUCUCACCAAAAUAUCUUAUCGAUCAUUUCCCAUUCAAUGAUGGUGAGACCACAGUCGUUGAUAUAGGUGGUGGCAUUGGUCAUAUUUCCCAGGCACUAGCAUCUCACAACCCCAGCGUGAAAUGCAUUGUCCAAGAUCUUCCUGAAUAUGUGGCACAGGGAAAACAAAUGCUCCCCACAGAACUCGAAAGUCGGGUUCGGUUCCAAGCGCAUGACUUCUUUCAAGAGCAACCGGUGAAGGAUGCAGAUAUUUAUUUGUUACGACAUGUGCUCCAUGAUUGGUCGAAUACAUAUGCACGCAAGAUUCUCAAAGCGCUAAUUCCUGCAUUAAAACCGGGUGCUAAGAUCAUUCUCAAUGACCGGGUCAUCCCUGGAUUCGGAGAAGCCCAUUAUCUUUUGGAGCGAGAAUCGAGGGACUACGACUUGUAUAUGUUUACUCUCACGAAUGCCCAAGAGCGUACACGCUUGGACUGGGACCAUCUAUUUCGGGACACGGACCCUCGAUUCAAACUAAUGCAUGUAUAUAAACCGGAAGGAUCAAUUCUCCAUAUCUUAGAGGUCACAUGGGAGGGAUGA